AUGACCGCGUGGACCACGAAUGUCGGGCGCAUCGCGCUGGAUGACGUCCUCAGCGGCGACGAGCGGUCGCUCUUGGAGCUCGAGUUUGACGCGUUCGACAGCCGGAAGCGGAAUACCUUGGAUAAACUUCAGGCGACCAAGCUGCUCGCCAAGCACAUGCCGUCGCUGUCGCCGGACGAACUCGGCGCGCUCUUGGCACUGCAGGAAGGCCACGGCACGUUCCAGCUCUCUCGCCUCGAGUACCUGCAAAUUCAGGCGGCCAAGAAGCUGGCGCUAGAAGCUGCCGACGAAGAGGACCUGAAGCGGCACUUUACAGUCCUCGACUACCACGGCAACGGGUCGCUCGUCGCGGACGAGAUACUCGACGCAUUGGAGAAGACGGGCGACGCCGGCGUCAACAUCCUCAAGGGCGCGGUCGCCGCCGCGGCCAAGCGUGUUGCGGACGGCAAGAUCACAUUUGACAUCUUCCGCAGCGCGAUCCACGACAUGAACCGGACGACGCAAGCGUCGAUCGCAGCCGACACGCUGCGUUUGUACCAGCUUCAGGCCAAGCAAGAAGCGACGUUGCAGCAACGGCAGCGCGCCAAACCGGGCUUGAAGACGUCCUUGCACGUCGAGUGCAGCGUCUUGGAGGCGCACAUUGGCCGGCAGAAGAAAGGCCUUAUCACCGUGCAGAAUGACAUUUUCUCCACAAUUUACGCUGCCAUCCUCUCCCAGUACGUCUGCGAAACCACAGUCUUGCGCAACUUCCAAGCCUUCUUUGACCACUUGCACACCGAAGACAGUCUAUUGUUUCGUCGCGGGCUCGAGCGCAGCGGUCGCAUGGUCGACGUCCACCCGAGCUUCCUCUUGUACCCGGGUGCUGUCAUCGAGCGGUCGCCCGAAUACACCGCACUGUGCCACUUCAUGGUCCCCGACCUCGUCUACGACACGCAUGGCGACGGGCCGAUCUUCACCAACCGCGCGUACCGCAAAGUGUUUCUAGCCUACUGCCUCCUCGGGAGCCUCACCAACUUUCAAACGAUUUCCCGGAGCAACUUUGUGCGCUUUGUCAAGGACUGCCAGCUCACAACUUGCGCCGACGGCAACAACCUCUGCGACCCGGACAUUGAUGCGUGUUUUGUUUUGGCGACGCGCGCGUCGACGACGGCCGCGUCACCGCGUGCGUCCCCGCGCACCACGUAUGGACCCCGGGGCAUCCACCUGCACUUUCAGCCGACGCCAUCGUGCUUCCAGCCGCUUGUUGUUGACGAAAACUUCCCACCGGCCUCGUCGCCGACGCACCGCGGUGGCAGCAUGAACUUUGCGCAGUGGGUUCAUGGCACGACGCUCGUCCUUCAAAAGUGCCUUGGCUUCUCUGAGAUGCCGGAAGGGGACGUGCACGAAGCGCUGUUUCGGGAUCACGUGUUGCCUCGUGCGCGGCAGAUUGAGAUCCAGCCCAUGGGCCCCGAGAUCUCGCAGCCCCAGGUCAUGGCUUUCAUCCACACCCAUGUGUGGCCGCUCAAGCAGUUGUUUGCGCACUUUGGCGGCCACUCGCUCAGCCACAUUGAAACUGGCACGCAACUCUCAUUGGCCAACUUUUUGCUGUUUGCGCGCUGUUUUGACAUUUUGCGGUCGACCAAAGACAACCACACGAAAGCGGGUCCGCCUCAGUUCCGUCCGCUUUCGCUUCAAGAAGUUGUCCAAGAGUACAAUGCCGCCAAACUCGACGUGGGCUUCUCGCAUACGGAGAGUCGCGAGUCCCUGGACCUCAAUUUUCACGAGUUUUUGCGCUGCAUCCAGCGGCUCGCAAUGGCCAUGGGGCGCGUCACACAGCCGACCGAGCUGCCCCACGUCCUCGGCCAAUCGCUCGUCUCGUCGUUCCAGUACCUCCGCGCGGACCUUAGCUCGACGCCCCGCGUGCACCUCUUCCAGCACUCGCGCCAGCUCCACGCGCAGGACCGGCACUUUUCCAAAGCCAUCGAGUUGCUCCAACUGCGGGCCACCACGCCGCGCUUGGUGCACCUCGUCCACCGUCUUGGCCACUUGCCGCGGCUGCCGCUGGACGAGCUCCCGCCGCCGCGGAUGAGCCCACGCAAGCCCGCGCCCGAGACAGUUGCCAAAAAGUGCAUCACGCCCCGAAAAACCCACCUGCCGCUGGUGGCGCAAUCGUCGCCGCGCUACUCAGCGAACCGACCACUCUCGCUCGGAGGGUUGCCUCGCCCACGCGUCAUCAAGGCGCCGCCAUCACCGAUCGUUCGACCAGUUGCCGAACCCAACCAAAGCGUGUACGACGAGUACCGGAUCCCACUGCUCUCGUCGCGGGACCGCUCACGCACGCCGUACCAGUCGGCGACCGUCGUCACGGCCCACCACACCAUGUGA